AUGCGAGAAAAGAAGAAAUUUGAUGCUCUGCCAUCUGGUUCUGCCACUGUCAAAGCACGGAAAUGGGUAUUCUAUGAUGCAAUGACUUUCCUCACACCUUGUGUAACACCACGUGCCACUUCCAGCAAUGUAUCGUCACCCUUGAAGAAAUUGCCUUUUGAACACUGGUUCUACUCCCGAGCCACAGAGGUUUUCCCUGGCACAUCGUCUUUUCUGCUGAGUCUUCUCCCUCUCAUGAAACAACUGUCACCUAUGGACAACAGCGAUGCUAAAAUUGAAAUCCAGCAGAUCUUUCGAAGAAAACUUGCGAGCGAAUGA